ACGCGCUGUUGUACUAUAAGAAAAAACCAACCCUCUUCUAACGGUUCAAACUAAACCCAAACACCACAACAGACAGAAUCCUUUCCUUUCUCUCUCUACCGCCACCAAACUGUCGGCAGAGCUCUAAACGCCACUUUUUAGAGCCGAGCUAUUCACAAUGCAGCUCCACCUUGGCUCAAAUCUGAGCCUCUUCUGCUUCGGCUUGGCUUUGAAACUCGCGCUGCUGCCGGUGGCGGUUGGACAACUUCAGCAUCACUCCCUCGACCUACAUUGGUAUUCCGGAACCGCCACUUGGUACGGCGACCCCGAAGGAGACGGAAGUACCGGUGGCGCGUGUGGGUAUGGUACGUUGGUGGAUGUGAAGCCGUUGAGGGCGAGAGUAGGAGCGGUGGGGCCAGUUCUGUUUAUGAAAGGUGAAGGAUGCGGUGCUUGUUACAAAGUGAAGUGCUUAGACAAUAGCAUAUGUACUAGGCGAGCUGUUACCGUUAUAAUUACCGACGAGUGCCCCGGCUGCCCCUCUGACCGGACUCAUUUUGACCUCAGUGGUGCCGCUUUUGGCCGUAUGGCUAUCUCCGGCGAGAACGGUCAACUUAGGGACCGCGGUCAAAUCCCUGUUAUUUACCGAAGAACGCAGUGUAAAUACCCGGGGAAGAAAAUUGCCUUUCAUGUUAACGAAGGUUCGACACCAUUUUGGUUAUCACUUCUGGUUGAAUUUGAAGAUGCAGAGGGAGAUAUUGGUACCAUGCAUAUACGAGAAAAUGGUUCAAGUGAGUGGCUGCAGAUGAAUCAUGUGUGGGGUGCAAAUUGGUGCAUUAUUGGAGGACCUUUAAAGGGACCAUUCUCUGUUAAACUGAGUUCCUCCACCGGGAGAACCCUUUCUGCUAGAGAUGUUAUUCCUACCAAUUGGGUUUCAAAGGCCACCUACACUUCUCGCCUAAAUUUCUACCCUUAGACAAUACAACAUACCCUUUGCAAUUGGUACAAAAGCACCAACCAAGGUUGUUUCCUAUAGUGGGUAAUUAAUAACCCUUCCAUAUAGAUUGUUUGCAAUCGGUACGAUUUUGACCGUCCGAUUAAAAUUAAACGGUUCAGAUUUUAAAGUCAUUUUUAUCAUUUUUAUUAAAUAUAAAAUUCAACUUUAAAAAUCUGGAUCAUUCAAUCUUAAUCGAACGGUUAGAAUCCUAUGAAGUGGAUUGUUUACUGAAACAAAAUUCCCUCCCCUUAGUUUGCUAUAUAUACUUGUAAUUUUUUUCUUUUCUUUUUACUCUAGCCUUCUUUUUUUAAAAGAAAAGUAGUCAUUUGAUUGCACAAAGGCAUUCAAUGGUACUUCUCCUUUCUUAUUUCCCUUUUGAAUUUUGUAUACCUACUUUUAUGGUGUGGGACUGUUGGGAGUAAAUGUCAUGUAGCCCUCUCCAAAAUGGAGAGAGAGCGUGUAGGGUAGUAUCUUUAAUUCCUUGCGGAGCUGAAUGUGUGUACUGAGCCAGUUGGGCCUCAUUAAAUGAAUAUGUAUUUUCUUUGAAUG